CCAUGGGCAACAGUGUUACACAAGGCGAUGUCCAAUGAGAGUCUACUACCAGGAGCAGAUGAACUUUACCAGCGCUGGUGGAGUCUUGUACUACAGUGGGUCAACCAAACAUUACUCGAAGUGGCGGGAAGUGGCCAGGGGCCAGACAGUCUCUGCUACGUUUACGCCUUCUUCAUCAUGCAACAUGGUAGUACGGUAUGUGAACUUCUACAUUAAAGAUGGAUCAGCCUGUCAAAUAGAUAUUCAAAUUAUCCGCGGACCCAAUAUGGAAACGUGGCACCGCGUCUCUUAUUGUCGCACCAAGAACAAUUCAUGUCUUCGAUGGCAUGUUCUGGAUACACUGUCAUCUGAUCUAAGAGAACAGUGUCCAACGCCAUCUCAAGUGAAAGUCUUCAUCAAACCAUUGUUGACGAGAGGUACAGUUCGCCAGUGCCAUAUCAGUGCAAACAGAUACAAUCUCCCUAUCAUCCGUCUCUUCAUGGAAUACACUACAGACGAAGAAACACCUACUCUGGCAUCUACCGGUACUAUACGCGGACCUGUUCCAACUAGGUUCAAAGCCAAUCCUACUACAUCGAGAAAAGUGCUCACAACCUCUGGAUAUGGUUCUUUAGCAACCAGCUACAUACCUAACAGAUCCACCAUGGAUUUGAACACAACAAAAUCCACAAUUGAGGCGUUAUCCGCACACUCGACAACAGAUGAGGAAAUGGUCUUGACAACACUCAAUGCAAAAUCAGAUUUCAGUGAGUUCCGUAUCAGUUCCAGCGGAAACAGUAACAAUACUGGAUCGUCUAAUAGACCAACAUCAUUGCCACAGAGAGACGAUUCCGAUCCCAAUGUACCAUCAACGCAAACAAGGACUACUUUGCGAGACUCUCGUGGGCAAUCCUCACUCAGCCAAGAUGCCAUAGUAGGCAUUUCGUUGUCAAUCAUUGCUAGCGGACUCCUAUUGGCAGCACUCGUACUACGUAGGUAUCGAUCCCCCAGGAGGAAAACGGAAAGCAGGACAUCGCCCAAAGUUGCUAAUGCGGAACACAGCGAUUUAGUAGACUGUCCGGAUGGCACUGGCACCAGCACACAGGAGAUUGCCAUUUACGAGACAGUGCCAAAUGAUGCCUCGAAAUGCUCCGAACAGUCAGGAGCAAUGAUGGGUAACAACCAGUCCAUUGUUCCCAUGUAUGAGAGCACUGCGUAUGUCAGCAUCACCAAGAAAUCGUGUGACCUCACUGGAAAUUCUGCUUAUGGAACCAACUCAGAUACGAAAUAAAUAAUACAUGUCACUUUUGGCAUGCCCAAUGACAGUUGAAUUGGCGUCUUUCUACCCACCAUUUUGCUUUGCGACGUGCAUUCAUCACGUUUCCAGUCUUAACACUUCCUUCGCAUAUGCAUGGACCUCUGUCCUCACCGUUAUUGUAUAUAAUUAAGUAGUUCACACUACUGAUAAGGGUUAAAGUGCAUAGUUCAUUUGUCGAAAUUUUACACUGCAGUGUAUGACAUGAUAGUAGAUUUGCAUAUCUAGGCUUCUCACCAUAGGAUCAUAAAAUAACACUGCAUUACACUGGAUUUACCGGGUGUUAGAGGCCGUUGUGAGUUUCCGUCGGGAACGGACAAGAUACUUUUUCACUUUUUUAACAACUUGGAUGCUAUCAGUAUGUUACAAUUUCACUCACGUUAUCGCAUACAUUCGUUUCACUCCCAUAAUUAUAGUUUUGGCUCUCACUUUCCUGUAGUAUUCGACGUGCAGAGACACUUUUCGCUUUCAAGGAGGCUUUUUCUGAAAGAAUGCUCUCUAAGGCUUCA